AUGGUGGGACCGGAGAGGACGCAGGGAGGCGAGCUUGAUAGCGUGACGUUUUCGCGAGCGAAGAAGCGGGAGAAAGAGGAGAUUCGCGGGAAGAAGCGGAGAGAAAAGGAGGAGAAACGCGAGACAGAACGCCGGGAAAAAGAGGAGCGACGAGCGGAAAAGCGUGCGAAACGGGAGAGCCGAAACGGUGUAGCGGCACCCGGGAAUGCGGACCUGUCAGGUUCCGCUGCGGAGCUAGCAUCCAAUGCAGCUGAAACGUCAAACGGGGUUGGGGUUAAAGCGUCGGGUGGGGUUAAAGCAUCUUCUGGGGGCAAGCCGUCUGCUGGGGUUAAAGCAUUUGCCGAGGUUAAAGCAUCGGGUGUGGCGGAGGUGUCUAAUGCAGCAGCAGACAGCUCGAGCGAGGACGAGGAGGAGGCAAAGAGGCAAGCGGCGAUCAGCUCUGUCGUUGUUGAAGGGACGCAUAUCAUGGGCGCUGCUGCCGCUACUGCCACGUUCAGGCACAAGCGCAAGGCAAAGAGGGGGCUCCAAUCAACCCUGGCGAGCAAGGAGAGGAGACGGUUGAGGAAGAUGGGUUUACAGCCGGAUGGAGAGGAGGGGAGUGAGAGUGAAAAUGAAGGGGAGGAGGAGGGAGGGGAGGAUGGGGAGGGGAGGGGCGGAGAAGAUAAGGGUAAAGACCUGAAGCUCAAGCACUAUCAGAUUCGGGCUCAGGAUAUGCUGCAUCAGCAUUUGGACAAGCUACUGGAGAUGACUGUAGCUGCUGCGGAGAAAGGAGUAGGGGAAGGAGAGGGAGGGGAAGGUGGAGCAGAGGAUGCAGUCAAUGGUAACGUUGAUGGCAGUGGCAGGGAUGAUGGUGAAACAAAGGCUGCACUCGUCAAGACAGACCUCGCAGUCGCCAUUCCGCUGGGGACUUAUGCUCGAGUGGCUCCUCGCUCUGGCCUUGCCCUGAAGCAUUCCAUCAACGUGGGAGGAGGCGUGGUUGACUACGAUUACCGUGGAAAUGUGGGAGUGAUUCUCUUCAAUCAUUCUGACAAUGACUUCCCUGUGAAGGCCGGCGACAGAGUCGCACAGCUGAUCCUUGAGCGAAUAGUCACUCCUGAUGUUGUGGAGGUGGAAGAGUUGGAUGAGACCACACGGGGGGCUGGAGGGUUCGGCUCCACAGGGGGCAGCGACGCUUUGAAGCAUACAUAG